AUGGCUUUGCACAACGAAAGUGUGAGUGACAAAAACAACUUGAAGUUUUUACCGUGAUUUUUCCCUUCAGAUUAACGAGAUUUGACCUAUACUUUCAACAGUUGAAGUACUUCACCUUUAUUGAGGGUUCCAGUGCCAAUAGUUGAAUCUUUUGACAGUAUUUAACUUUCUAAAGUCAAGACAGCUGCAAGACAGACUUCUGUGUGGACUUCAUUUAUCCUAUAUUCAUUAUUCGCGCGUUUUGUUUACAAAACUACAAUUUGAAGGCGUUUAUUAGCGUGUACUUUAAGCAGUUUAUAUAACCUCAAAGUAUAUAUUGGGACAUCCUAAAGUCAUAUCACUUGGUUGAAGGAUAUCUUUAAAUUCAAUUUAACGUCGAAAAGAGAUCAGAAUUUGGCACGAGUUUCUUUUGGUCACUAUUCUUGAGAGAAGCGUUUUCAAAGCCGGGAAAAUUUCUUUAUUCAUCUGCUGUGGAUCGAUGAUGGUAAAGGGACUUUAAACUGGAUAAUAUGACAUCUGAGUACGAAAAUAAAGGGACUUAUCCUUACGAGAUCAAUGAAAUCACAAGAGGAAUAAACGCUUUAGCGACAAAUUUAAACGAACAGAGGAAUUUCCACUCAACAAUGGAGAAUCAACGUUCACCUUCUUCGAAUUCGUAUGUGAACAGUUCAAAAAGAAUUCAGAGGAGAGAAUAUAAUUCACAAAUGGACGAUAGUGGAGCUUAUAACGGCAAUUAUAGACAGUACUAUCUCCCUCCAUCUCCGAGAAAUAAUAUGGCGUCGUUUCAGACGGGGUAUCCAAUUUCUUCCCAACCUACAUUACCGCAAGGGGUAAAUCCUCCGUAUCAAAUGCGGAAAACACAGAUUGGAACAGUGGACGCUAGACUCACAUCUCCACUCGAUGACCCAAGUCAAAAUCGAAUUUCUGACUUGUCGAUUUCAUCUAGUGGUUCUUACAGCUCACACAGCUCGACUGACGAAAUAAGUAAUUUAAUGAGACAGACACAUAUUGCGGUUUAUAAGUUCAACGUGCGACAUGAGGAUGAAAUCAGCCUGGAAGUAGGAGAUGCUAUAUGUCUUCUUAAGUCCCAUGAUGAAUCUUGGUUCGAGGGGACAAAUCUACGGAGCGGUCAAACUGGAAUGUUUCCUUCAAGAUAUGUCUCUGAUAUUCUUCAAUAUGCCAAGAAAAGGGAUUCUUCAUCAAGUUUGGUUAGUUCGAAUUCAUCUGAUAAUAAUCAGUUUUACUUGAGGUUUCUUGGGUCUGUAGAAGUGGCAGAUUUUAAAGGAAAUGAAGUGCUUUGCUCUGCUAUGAAAGAGAUAGUGAAGCAACAUCAGAUGGCAUCAGAGUCAAGUCCUCCCUACUGCACACUUGACAUCAGUAUCAGAGGAAUAAAAAUAACAGAGCAUCAAGGGCAGCUAUCAAAGCCAUUAAGCGGGAAGAAGCCAAGCAGGAAUAAAAUCACCAAGUUAUUUGAUAAAGAUCAAAGUGACCUUCCAGAAUCUUGCCACUUCUUUAACUUGAAAAAUGUGACAUUUUGUGGCUGCCAUCCAAACAAUUCAAGGUACUUUGCUUUUAUUACCAAGCAUCCUGAAGAAAGUCGUUUCGCUUGCCAUGUCUUCAUGUCUGAGUUUUCCACCGAGCCAGUUGCUUAUGCUAUUGGGAAAGCUUUUAAGGAGUUUUACAAUGAAUUUUUGGACUACCAGUCCCCGACAUAAGAGAACUGAACAGCUGGUGUGGAAUUUCAACUUUCUAACAAGUUUAUUAUUUCUUGUUUUCCUUUUCCUUUUCUUUCGUUUUUCCCUUUUUUAUUCUUCUUUAUUUUUUCAUUCUAUUUAUUUAUUUUAAAACAGUUUAAAGAUUUUUUUCUUUUUCUCUGUUUUCUUUUCGAUUGUGAUUGGUUUUUUUCGUUAACUAUAUCAGUAUUUAUGACUAGAUUAGUUUGGCGUCUUCAUUCAUUUUAAAACCUACAUAAUGUACUUGAAGUAUGUAUUAGUGUUUUGGUAUUCAUAUAAUACAUUUCCUGGUACUGGUCAAUGAUUCAUAGACCUCUUUACCUUGGACGUAAUGUUAGAGUAUCUUUCCUUCAUCAUUUAAUGGUUGCGCUAGAGAAGACACAUGAAUAUGGAUACAACUCAAGCGAAGAAUCUUCUUCUCAAAAGAAUGACAAGUGCUCUGAAAUGAAAAAAAAAACAAACAUUACGCGCAAGGUGAAAAGGACUAUUUAUGUUCCAAACUUAAAA